UUGACACUUAUUGUAGCUACAUUUAAUCUCAAUAAUGGCAAUAGCACGCGUUGCCACCGAAUAUGUGUUUUCUGAUUUUUUAUUGAAAGAGCAGAGUGACUCUAAGUAUAAAGGCCUGCGUCUGGAACUGGCAACAGACAAACUGGUCACUUUUAUCGCGGUUGGGCUUCCUUUGUUACUCAUCUCACUCGCCUUUGCACAAGAAGUCUCUGUGGGUACUCAGAUCACAUGUUUUCCACCCACUAACUUCACAUUGAGACAGGCUGCAUAUGUGGACUCCUUCUGCUGGGCUGCAGUAGAGCAUCACCCUUCAGAAAAUGGAGCUGAUAGCGCCCCCCUUAAUCUACACAAGUUCUUUCCGUAUAUCCUUCUGCUGGUUGCAACUCUCAUGUAUAUUCCUGCUCUCUUCUGGCGCUUCACGGCUGCCCCUUCCCUAUCUUCUGACCUCAGUUUUAUCAUGGAGGAACUUGACCGUUGCUACAACCGUGCCAUCCGCCUCACCAAGAGCCUCACAACCAAACACGACAAAGACAUUGUAGAAGACCCACACAGUGGUCUUGAAAUGACUGAAGCUUGUUUUAAGUACCCUCUUGUAGAGCAGUACUUAAAGACAAAGCGUUCAUCUUGGGCUUUGGCUGCAAAAUAUCUGCUUUGUCGGGUUUUAACAUUCCUCACUUUACUGCUGGCCUGCUUUUAUCUGACCUACUACAUCUUUUGGGUGUCACCCAGUGACAGAGGUGGAAAUGAUCAGUUCUCCUGUAACCUUCGCAGAGGUAUAUUAGUAAAUGAGAGUGCGGUGCCAGAUGCAGUUCAGUGUAAGCUGGUGGCGGUGGGUGUUUUCCACCUGCUAAGUUGCAUGAAUCUGGUGGUGUAUUUACUGCUAGUACCGGCUGUGGUUUACGCUUCCUUCCAACCUGCUUGUCAGCACCAGCGUGCUCAGUUCCUCCGUCCAUACCACCUGUUGCCUGCUUUCGGUCACGUGCUGGAUUUGCAGCCUACAACUCGCCGUUAUGAUGACCUCAGCAUCUACCUGCUGUUCUUGGAGGAAAACCUGAGUGAGCUUAAGAGCUACAAAUGUUUGCAGGUGUUGGAGCUGCUGUCAGAGGGAGGGGAAGCUGCAUUUGACACCAUGUGUCUCCUCAGGACUCUAGGACAAGUGAGGAGUGACAUGGUGGACAGAAAACAAGCCCAAACUGGAAAUGGAAAUGCAGAGAAAGAAAUCUCUGAAAUGAAGGAUGCCUCUUCUUUUCUGCUGAAUGAUGGAGGACAGACAGAAAAAAGCUGCGGCUGUGUGGAAGAUGUAAGACACAGGGUGGUCUAACAUAUAACAAAGUCAAAUCAAAUGACACACAAUGAGUUUUUAAAUAUGAAGGAUAUGUAAGAUUAUAUAAUGCUUGUAUAUAACUGAUUAUUUACUAAUUUACUAACUGAAGAAUUGAUCUGCAUGAGGUUUUUAUGCCUUAUAUUAAUAGAAAUGGGAUGAAUGUUUUUAUAACAUGAUAAAGUUAUUAUUUGUGAGGCUGACUAAUGUUUAGACCCUAUCGUAUGCAUUAUGAAAACAAUGUUACAACAUAUAUUCUGGGGUGUCCGUUGUAGGUACAGUAUUGUUGCAACAAUGAGAUAGAAAAAAACUAAAUGGAUAAUUAAGAUUACUAACAACUGACUUCUGCCCAUGAUGCUUCUUGGUAACAAACCAUUUAAAUAAUUCCUCUUAACACAAUUAAUUUAAAUAAAAAAAAUGGCUGCAAGAGUAUAAUGUGACCAAGAAAUCUUAAGAAGUCUUUUCUUCAUAAACCAUCCAAUGCUAAUGUUUAUAUGCAUCAUCUACUUGCAAAAUUGUGGUGCAGAGGCAACAUCAUAAAACAGUUAAGAUAGAAGGGAUGUAUGCAUGUAAUUUUAUGAUGCAUGCCAACCAAAGAUUUGGGUGGGUAAGACUUAACCAUUUCUAGAUGUACUAAUGCACUGCCUAUGCAAAAAGCAGUAAUCAAACAUACGAAAUAUAAUGUAUGAUAUGUAUAAAACUAUGUAUAUGUAUAAUCAUUUUUAUUUAAUUUCUUAAUAUUUUGUAGUUGUGUAUUUAUUUGAUGUUUGUGUCAGAGAUGUUGUAAUUCUAAUUGUAAUUUUUGGUUUUAUGUCUUCUUACCUUAAUUUCUAGAUGAUACAGUAAAUUGCAUGUCUUCAGAGGUGAGCUCUUCAAAAAUGGUGCUUGUAAUCCUAAAAAGUGACUUUUAGUCUUUCAGUGACUUCAUUCAGGGAUGUAGAAUACAUACUUGUAAUGCAAUAAAAAGCACUCCAUUUCCCA